GUUGCAUCAUCCGUCGCCAUUUUAUCAAUGGAUUUGUGAAAAAAGCUGGAAGGAAAAUCUCAGUGUUCUGGUUUAAUUUAUCAUAAGGGGCCACUUAGCAAUGGCUACAGACAGUGUUUCUUCACAAAUUACCAUAGGACAACCGCAUUUGGCCAAGCAGGAUAUAUCUAAAUUGGUAAAUAAGAAAUUUUAUGGCGACUUGUUCAAUCACGUGUUGUUUCUCCAAUAUGGCGGAACCGUGAGUUUUUUAUUGUAGUUGGUUAUAAUAUGUCCGUUUUCUGUGUUAGGAUAUAUCAGAGUUAAAUCCUCUCACUCCGGAGGUUAUAAGUCGACAGGCAACCAUAAAUAUAGGUGAGUUCAGUGAAUUUGUUUCACAGCGAUGAUAGAAUGGAUAGAUGUCACCAUCAAUUUCCACUCUUUCUCAGUUUGUUGCUAUACUUUGGUAUUAACGGAUGGUUGGAAUAAUAUUUUCAGGAACAAUUGGUCAUGUGGCCCACGGAAAAUCGACUGUUGUCAAAGCUUUGUCAGGAGUACAGGUGGGCAAUAAAGGUCGCAUUUUUCAGCAACAAAUAAUAAAUAAUAUAUUUGAAGAAGAAAUAAUCAAGACAUAAUAAAAGCUGCUGAAGCUAAACUACAUAAUACAAGACCAUCUUAAAUCAUCCACUUAUCCUGCAUAUCAAAUGGCCAAUUGUUAGCUAUUAUAUAUAGGUCAGACCACCCUUAAGUCCGUGAGUUAGUUGAGAAAGUCGGAACAAGUGCAAGAAAAGGGUGAAAGCGCAAGGGUGAGGGGUAACUGGAACAAAAACGCCCUCAAAAGUUGUGUGCCAAACAUUGAUUAUAAUUGAUCAUGGAUUGAAAACUUAAAGCGACCCAGUAAUCGAUUAUGGAAAAUUAAUUGGUUAUUGGGAUGAAAAAGAAAUUCUGGUUGGCAAAUAAACCUAAAACCAGAUAGAGAUUUAUCUAAUGGAUAGCGUUAAUCGCUUUUUGAACAACUGGGGUUAGAGCUGUAUAAAAUGUAGGUUUAGGCAAAAUAAUACCAGCUUAAGUUUAAAAUUAAUUGAGAAAGUAUGGGAAGUACUUGCACAGGGGAUGCAUUAUGCCAGUACAGUCUCUAGCAGGCUGUAAUUCUGGUAGCUUUCUCAAUUUUCAUUAUUUUACAAGACAAACCAUAAAAUGGUCAUUCUUUUCCUCUCAUCAGACUGUCAGAUUCAAGAAUGAACUGGAGCGAAAUAUCACUAUCAAGCUAGGUUAUGCAAAUGCUAAGGUAAGUCUGUGCUAAAAAUCUCUUGAGGGCUACUGGGCCCCAACAUUGGGCAUGGCUUGGACCUCAGAAGAUCAUUGUCACCAGAGUGUUCAUUAGGCAUCGGAGUUGGAAGAAUUCCACGUUUACUGUGCAGAUUUCUCUGUCUAAUGUUGGAUAGCCUAUGACUUGUUUUUUUAUUCAGACAUGGAGCCUCUUAAGAGAUAUUCUCUUGUAGCGUUACACCUUUCUCCUGUGACUGGAAUUCUUAAUGAAAACCCUGUGUAACUCUGUGCUACAAAAUGUGCCCCCAGAUUGGCCAAUGCUCUUUGUUUUAGUAAUCAGGAUGUUUAACUGGGUAGGCAUGUGUGCAAUACCUAACUUAGAAGGGCAUGGCUGUUUCUUUUACACCUUAAGGGGGUCUUUCAUGUUAAGUAUCCCACACUUCUUUGUUGUUUAAAUAAAAACUAAGAGAAUUCUUGUGAUACUACCCCCUUUACGAUGGCUGAUGUGUGUGUUUUGUAGAUUUACAAGUGUGAUGGCAGUUCCUGUCCCAGGCCUAGCUGCUAUCGUUCUGCUGGUAGCGCCAGAGAAGAUGUGAUUCCAUGUGACAGAAUGGGAUGUAAUGGCAAGUUCAGACUUGUUAGGUAAGGAAACCUGUGUCCAGACAGAUUCAACUAAUCUGAUUUCAAGAUACAUGUAGUGGAUAAGUAUUCAAGCAAUGAUAGAGAGAGAGAGAGUAAGAAUUGUGUUUAAAGCAGUUAAACUCAUCAACAAUAGAUGAGGCACCUGAAAGGGAGGGAAGGGUGGGGAAGAAAUGAGCACAAGGCAGUUAAGCUGCAAAACGCUUUUUAAUUUGUUGUGCAAUGAAACUCGACAAUUUCAUUCCUAAAGUCUUUAAGCCCUUUGACUUACCUGAACUUUCCCCACAGAAUGUGAGCCGCUACAAUAGAAACUGCUGGCCAGCAUUUUACAUUUUAAGCUUAACUUUGCCUAAAUUGCAUUUAGCCACAUUUAAAACAGCAAGGAUAUUGAGUGAAGGGACUGUUACUUGCUGGUGUUCUCAGGGACCAGCAAAAUCACUGUCUAGUUGUAAAGAAAGCACCAGCUACUCACAGAAAAUAAUUUUUGAGUGAGAUUAUCAUGAUAAAUUUGUUGAACUUAUCUCAUAAAACAUUUGUUUUGUUCAAGAAGAAAAACAAACAUGAUAUGAUAUAAAGCAAAUGAAGAUAAGUACUUAGUAUGUUUGUUACACUGUAAAUGAUUUGUUUUCAGGCAUGUGUCAUUUGUGGACUGUCCUGGUCACGACAUUCUUAUGGCAACCAUGCUGAACGGUGCAGCUGUUAUGGAUGCUGCUCUUUUACUUGUAGGUUAGUAUUGUUGUAGAGAGUUGGUAAAGAUAAUCUAUCAACACCACUGAAAAAAGCACCUUGGUAUCAGUAAAGUUGCAAAGUUUGAGAGUCAUAGGUUGGGAACUUGCAAAGAUGUGGCAUCACAAAGUCAUGGAACUUUACUGGUGUUCCUUGACAGGGCAUGAUUUUGUUCCCCACAUUUACAAAAAAUUAAUAAUAGUGUUGGUCGAAGUUUCACAAUUUUGCAGAGCUGUCUGUAACUUUGCUUAUUAAUUUAAGAGAUACCACUAUUAUACUACAUAAAUUUGCUAUUAUUUUAAGGUGCCCUUUCUAGCACUUUCAUUGGAUUUUCUCUCUAACAGGUUGUUGUCAGAGGUAAAACAGUCCCAUACUUGAUGAUCUUUAAACUAAAAUUUGCAUGUAAUCAAUCAACAUUCUAAAGCUAGUUAUGCCUAUUUUGUGGCAAUAUUACUUCUAAUUUUGUGAUCUGAGAUGGAUAAUUUUGUGGAAAUGAGGCCUUCUACAUGCAAACAGUUUUGUCUCUACUAAAGAUGAAAGCUAAUGCUCAAAAGUUGGUAAUUAGUUUUGCUUGCAUAAGCAGCGAGACUCAAAAUCUGCAACCCAUUUUUCUUCGUAUUUAUGACACAAAAGGGGAGUCAUUGCACCAGACGUUCCUAGAGGAGACUGUGGAAACUGGGAAUAAGAAUUGUUGCGUGACCGAAGCCAUGCAUGUUUUGCAAAGAAAGCUUGAGAAAGAUUAAAUUUAGAGUUUUUCCAAAACAUGUCGGUUCACAAAUUCUAUCGCUUGAAAGCGUUGAUUACUUUCAAACAAGUGAACACUAUUGAGUGGUUGAAACAAAAAUAAGUGUUAUAAACUUUCAUUGUAUGUAACAGGAUCUUGUGAUGAGUAUGCGAUUUAUUUUCAGCCAUGAUUGAAAUGACCUGCCAUGUAAAUCACUUUUUUAAUCUCCGGCAAUGAAGUAAUUUCUCUGCAAUCAAGGCCGUUUAAUUUUUGUGUAUUUCUACACACGUAAAGCCUGUGACUGCAGAUGUAUUUCCGGUUGUUGCUAACACGCGUACUAUAUCAAUUCAGAAACAAAUAAAUAGUAAUAUCGUGAAGAAUACUUGAUGUCGAUAAAGUAGGAAGUAAAAAGUUUAAACCUUUAGCGAGUAAUUCCUGUUUCAUGUAGAAUUAAUGACCUCCUCAUUUCUCAAUCUAAUCUCCAAGCAAGCGAGAUGGACCACCGCUGUAAGAGCUUUCUUGUUUUAGAGUGCUCUCAGAAAUGAGCAAAACAUCAAGGGGAUAUAUUUGACCAGAGAAUUUCAGUAAUAUUAUUUUUUGAUUUUUUUUCAUUAAGGCCACUUGCCAUCUGGGUGGGUAAAGUGUGUAUUGGACUUGACCAGAUUUUGUUUUCAUUUAUCCACAAGGGAUAGUCAAAACAAUGCAAAGAAAAUUAAAUUUGUAUAAUUGUACUUACACUUAACAAAUUAAAACAUUUUCAAAGGCAAAAAGCAGGUUUUGACAUCCAGCUUUUGAGAUUGAUUUGUUUUUUCAAAAAAUUCUCACACUUCAGGGACAUGUUUUGAAAAGUAAUCUUCAUUUGGUUUUUAUCUCUUUAUUAACAUUCCACUAAAGAUGCACCACUGUUUCUUUUGUUAAUUGGACAUUUCCACUGUGCCCACAAUUUAUUCUUAUAAAUUUUCCUUUCUUUGUAGCUGGAAAUGAAUCUUGUCCUCAGCCACAAACCUCUGAACAUCUGGCAGCCAUUGAAAUAAUGAAGCUCAAACAUAUAAUUAUUCUACAAAACAAGAUAGACCUGGUCAAAGAGAGCCAAGCAAAAGAACAGUAUGAUCAGAUCCUCAAGUUUGUGCAAGGUGAUAAAAUAGCUUGAAUCUGCUCAUUCUUAAUCUUACACUUCAAGUAACACAAACUGAAAGUAUCGAGAUUCCCAAUUUUUUCUGUUGCAAGGGUUUAAGUUGAUGGGCAUAGGAUAUCAUUGACAUAAUUAUUCGCAAGUUAGUUUAGAACAAAUCUCAACAACUUCAUAACGUAUCAUGGGUUUGAAAGGGUCAACAUUCUUUCUAUAUAACUAUUAACUGCUUCCCAUAAAUCCUCAGUUUAACCACCCCACUUUCCAGGGUUAGAAAGCUAUUUGUUUUUUUCCAUGUUUUGCGUAAGCACAAGCUACAACCAGUUGCAAAAUUACUUAAGACACUGUACCAUAUUUUGGCUUAAAUGGCCUGCCCAUGAUCUUGUGCUAGUGAUCCCCCCUCCACUCCUGAUUAAAGUUGCUAACAAUACAAGACCAUGCUCAAAACUUGGAGGAACAACUCUGAGUUAUAAUGAAAUACAUACAGCAAACAGAGAUGAAACCAUGGGUAAAGUGGUCACUUAAGUGAGGUUAAAAACAUGAGAAAUUAUAAAACCAUCACUGCAAGAUGUGGACUAAGGGUUGCUUAGUAUGUGUAAUCAAAUGGUGACGAGUGAAAUUAGGGAAUAAUUUCACACGCGUUUUGUCCAAAUCCUAAUAAUUUCCCUCGCCUAAAGGCUCCGGAAAUUAUAAGGAUUUGGACAAAACGCGCAUGAAAUUAUUCCCUAAUUUCAUGAGUAUACCAUUUGAUUACCUAUUAAUAUCAUGGGUGACGAAUUACCCUAACAAUUAAGGAUUUUUGACUUGUUUAUCCUGGAUCGUAUCGAUCGAUCGUGAACUCCACUCUCUCAAACGUUUAGAGCUGAAAUUUGGCUUAAGUUUUCAGAACUUUUCGACAAUAUACCUCUAAGAAUCCUUCUUGAUGUGCUCUUUCGUGUGUUCAGGUUUUCUAAAGUGUCUUUUUAUGCCCUGACAUCUUCAUUCAUGACAUUUUAAAACUUCGUCGCCAUCUUGAAACAGAGACGUAUGGCAGGAUGCUAUGGCAAUUUAGUAAUUUCACUUAGUAAUUUCACAUGUGAAAUUAGAAAUUAACGCUGAAAUUUCGCGCCAAAAUUAAGGAGUAAUUCGUCACCUAUGAUAUUACAAGAGAAAUUUACUAGAGGUUCUAACUGUAGUGAUUGACCAGGAAAUUUUUUGGUACUACAUUCAACUGAAUAUUUGUUUCUUUCCCUAGGCACAAUUGCUGAGGGAGCUCCUGUUGUUCCAAUUUCAGCUCAGCUGAAAUACAACAUUGAAGUUAUUUGUGAAUUUAUCUGCAAAAAGAUUCCAGUUCCUGUCAGAGAUUUUAAAUCCAGUGCUAGACUUAUAGGUAGGUAUUUCCACUGGGUAUUCUAAGAUAAUUUAAAACAAGCAGUACCUGGUGAAAGCACUUGAUACCUUUUAUUAUUAUUAUUAUUUGUGUGAUCUCAUCUGUCUACUAAGUGUUACAAUCAGUCCAUAACCAUAAGAAAAAGAACUGCUAAAUUGUGUAUUCCUCAUGUUUGAAGUUCAGUGUGAUUAUGACUGCUCCUAGGAUUUCGUACACUAAUGCUUUGUUGGAAGUUAGAGCAUUUAAUCGGAGUCCAUUUCUAUUUAAAUUGAUAGACGUAAGCCUGAAAUUAUGGUUACUGUAGUAAGAGCAAAGUCUAUAAACCCAAUAUAAUACAAUACCCUGAAAAUGUUAAACGGAGUGUGGGGGGGGAUUAAACUAAAGGUUUAAACUAUUGAACAGUUGAACAGGAACUGUAAACGGAUAGCUAGACAUGCAAAACUGGACAAAAUAACAAUUAUAGGAGUUAAAAAAGGAGCUUAUAUGUCAGAGAUUUUAGGGUGUAUGUAGGUAGCUGAUACUUCUUGUGGUGCAGAUAUUGAUGUUAAGUAACCCACUUUUGAAGUAAUGUUGGUUAAUUGUUUGUUGUGUAGUUAUCAGAUCUUUUGAUGUAAACAAACCUGGUUGUGAAGUAGAAGAACUCAAAGGAGGAGUUGCUGGAGGAAGUAUAUUAUGUGGUGUCCUGAAGGUAUGUCUUACCAUGCUGUGGUAACAGCUCCUACACAUGUCCAAGAUCUUGUUUGUUUAAUUCUACUUUUGUCGUAGUUUUAGACUCCAGGCAUGAAUAAUACAUUGGUAUUUUGUUUUUGUCAUUAUUAAUUCGGCGGAGCGCGAAGUAAAGGUUUCGCGAUGCUCAGGAAUGUAUCAAAGUUACAAUUUUUUGACAAGAUUGGGCAUGCAAAGUCUGUAGGUUUUCGGUUUUAUUCGGCUAUUUGACGAAGUGAGAGCCGAAUUAAUUCGAGAUAUCUCGAGAUCACUUCGAUUUCUUUGAUUCAUUCUUUAACUUUUUCGAGGAAGAAAGAAUUAUUAUUUUGGCUUUCCCGGGGUUUGAACCGACUCACCUGUGUGACGCGUCAGAUCAGAGGAGACUCUAAGUUGAGGGAUUAGCCGACUGCGCUACUGCGACCCAAGGUAGUUUGGAAUAUGAAAAAUAGUUAUGAAAUGAUGCACUAGUUUCGGGACAAGAUUGGGCGUGCAAGUUCGUGACUUUUCGGCUUGUUUCAACUAUUUCACAAAAUGAGACCGGACUUCUUCGUGAUAUCUUGAGAUCACUUCGAGUUUGGUCUUUAAUUACUCGAGGAAUAAAUAGAGGAUAUUUCGUGGCCGCGCAGAGACACGAGAGUUCUCUUCGAGUGUUGAAGAACAUUUCACGAGUGAGCCCUCCUUUCGAACUGUUUUAUGAUGAAUUUAAAGUUACAAAAUGCUGCAAAAAGUUUUUGGAUUAGCCAUGAAUAAUUAAUUAGGGCAUGUUUAGAUUUCAGCAUGAGUCAGCAGAUUUGCAUCAGUUACUGAAAUCACAAAAUACCGUAUGUCGAAAAGCUAUUACUAUUCGCCUGCUGUUUAGUAUUUUCUAGAACCUUAUGUCAAACGGUAUACAAGUUCCAAGCGAGUUCUUUUGAAGAACUAAGUUUUUUUCCCAAGAGCUGGACUGCUGUGUUUAGUCAAGUGUGACGAAGGUCGAUUUUCAGGUAUUGUGUUUACAAGUUCGCAGAAGUCGUAAGAUACCUGAAGUUCAAGUAAGAGUUUGUUAUUAUUGGUAGAGGCUGUUUAGUUUUACUCAAAGUUCAAGUCAAGUUUGUGUUGGUGGAUGCUGUGUUUUAAAGCUCUGUAAAGGCUAUGUUCCUUUGGUGUUAAACUUCCUUGUGUUAAUCCGACAUCCCUGCGUGCUGAUAGUCAGUGAAUAAUUAUCCUCAAAACAUUCGAACUCGUGACUUUGAGUUUUAGUCAAUUCCAUGCUCAACGUAAUUGACUCCUUACCCAUGCCUUACAUAUCUUUAAUCAGUACAUGAGACUGCUAUGCUGUUCUUCAAGCCUGAUGUGACUAAGAAAAAUAGAGAAUUGUUUUUUUAGAAGGAUUUGUAUGGAGUCAUCAGAGCAUAACUGGGCUAACAUCUCGGAGACAAUUUGUCCCGAAAUGCUAGUUUUUGGCAAGUAGGCCUCGUGGAUGUUGCUCUUUUCAGAAUAUCCUGACAAAUCCCAUAAUUUCACAAAUUAACACCUUACUCUUACCAUAUUUGAUUUCUUACUAUUCCUCCGCAUUUACAAUUAAUUAGUUCCACAACCACGACGUCGAAGUGUACGCUCCGUAGCGUCUUGUCUAUUUGUAUGUAUUAUCACGAAGCACAUUUUUUACAUUUUUCAUCCUUGAACCCAUAUGUAACAUUUAUUCUUUAUUCAUUGUCCAUUUUUGAUUCCUUCUCUUUUCACCAGUCUCCCUAUCACCCUGUCAGAUUUGCUUUCAGCAACUGAAUAUUCAUCAUUUCAUCUUCAUCUUCCCGGGUAUUAUUAAAAACCAAAUUAGUGACCAUUUCCCAGUUGGCUUACUAGCUCAGUUGGUCAGGCCGUGCUGCACUGUUAUCACAGAGGUCACUAGGGUUCAAACCCCGGCAAGCCUGACUUUUUUCAGGCUUUCUUUUCGUAACUGCUGAAGUUGCAUCUUUAACUGCGAUGAUCUUCUUUGCAUUUAUUUAAAGGCAUUGUGCUUAUUGAGUAGACCAUAAUUUGUGGAGGUACUUAUUUUCGUCUAAGGGAAAAUGACUUAAUCACCUACAACCAAAAUUUGGUUGACGAGUCAAAUCUGUGAAACAUAGUUCAUAAGGUCAUGAUACUGAAAGCCUUUGAUCGGUUUUAUUCUUUUCACAGGUUAAUCAAGAAAUUGAAGUAAGACCUGGUAUUGUAUCCAAGGAUAGUGAAGGAAAACUUCAGUGUCGUGCCAUUUAUUCUCGUAUUGUAUCAUUGUUUGCUGAACAGAAUGACCUUCAAUUUGCUGUGCCUGGUGGACUUAUCGGUAAGAGUCAUAGCUGUUCCUCCCCCCCUCCAAUUUCCAGUAGUUAAGGCAGUGUGUGUAGCUUAUUGUCUCAUAACCCAGAUCUCUUGUCGACAAAGCCGAAGGUGAGAUCUGGUCAAAUCCGAUUUGUGCUCGUCAUCACCUGUCAGGAAUGUGACAGGCGAUAAAACAGCACGUGCUUGAAAUAAAUCCUCGAAAUGGUGGCCGUGUUAAGCAACGACUUUGAUAGAGCCGCAAGUUUCUAACUGACAAAAUGUGGUUAAAUGCACUGCUUAAAGCCCCAUGCAAACGGACACAACAUUGUUGGAUGUUACAUAUUACAUCCAUUUGCACACCCUGUUGCAUGUUGUUGCAUGUUCUUGGAAGCUGUUUUGCAAAGUUUGAAACUGGUCAAACUUUUAGCUAGGUACAAAAGAACGCAACAACUCCCAACAUUCUUGGCCAAAACUGUUGGGAGUUGUUGCAUCCGUUUGCAUCUAGCUUAAGUUGUUGUUGUUGUUGAUUGUUUGUAACAUCAAAUUCAACAAGGCAGUAACUUUAAAUUUUUGAGCUAUCAUAGUGCACACUCAAAUGUCAAAGUAGUAUGCCUCAACUUCGAUGCAAAAGUUUUUUUACCAUAUCCUCUUCAAAAGUAAUCUUAAUACCGAGAGAAAAUUUUAAGUCUUUUUGAUAAAAAGGGUUUAGAGGCUAUAUUGAGGCUAAUUGAUGAAAAAUAUAUAUUUUUUGUGAACAAACUGAGGACUUCACAAAGAAUGAAUUGUACAUGCCAUAGCACGGGCAGAUAACAACACUCACAUCACUAGCUCACAAUCUAGCCAAUGAUAAUAAUAUAUUAUUAAUAAUAAUUUAUUAUUUGUAAGGUGCAAAACAGCAUUUAAAUAUGAGCAAAUGCGCCAAUCAGAAAAAUUGAAUUUUCUUAUUUGACCAGAUCUCGACUACAAGAGAUCUGCAUACAAGAUUAUGUACAUGUAACUUAAAAUAAGUAAGUUGUUAAAAGAGGAUUUCAUAGGUUUAGAGUUUUGAAACUCUCUACAAGAUUGUGUAAGCAUUGUUCUGGUACUGGUAGUUGGCAUGUAUAAAAGUACAACAUAUUUGCUGUGUUCUGUUCAAUCUUCUCAUUUGUAACUGUGCUUUUCAUUGAAGGUGUUGGAACAAAGAUUGAUCCUACAUUAUGCAGAGCUGACAGGAUGGUAGGACAGGUAUUGAAUGCAUUUUUCGUAUAUUGCACACUUACACCAGCUGUUGCCCUCCACCACCAAAAUUCCUCCCACUUGUCACUCAUUCCUUCUCCAUGAAUGUCUACCUUAUAAACCACCUUGUCUUUUAUUUUCAUGUGCUGCAUGCAGUUAACUGAUAACCAAUAAGAUAUGGUUUUUUUCUUGUACAUAAAAAAGUUGAUGCCUUUAGUGAGGGUUUGUAUUUGGUGGUUUCUUGACUAAGUGCCUGGCUUAGUUCUUCACAGUGACUCUUUAAUAAGUGGUUUUCUCAUUGUUUUUACCAUUUGAAAGACAAUAAUUAGUAUUGGAAACCACUGAUAGAUCAGAGAUUAAUUUUAUUAUUGCAAACAAACCAUCCACCAUCUUUCAAGACUGCAAGUAUUUGCUGCUGCUGCUGCUGCUGCUGUAGGGUUCUUACCUGUUGUGACUUCGAUAUUUUGCUCAUGGCAGGUACUGGGUGCUGUUGGUACACUUCCUGAGAUUUACACAGAGUUGGAAAUUAGUUACUUCUUGUUGAGAAGACUGCUGGGAGUUAGAACUGAGGGCGAUAAAAAGGGAGCCAAGGUGAGCAACAGUGAUGUCCACCUUGUCAACCAUGUGUCAAAUUGUGUGUAACUUUUAAAUUGCUUUGUGUGAACACACCUGAUAUUUUGCAAUGUUGCAGCAAGUAGUAAGAGUCUCGUCCUACACCAACAUUACAUGCAUAGGUGUGACCCACAUUCCGUAUUAACAUUUCAUUUCAGACCUGCCCAAAGUCGACCUCUCGUAAGUUCUUGAUCGAGAGGAGUCUCUAAAACCAGCCUUAAUGAGGUCCCAGCUAGGACAAGUAAUUAAUUUAAUAAAGUGGCCAACCAACCAGCAAAAAAUUAACGACGUUGAGAAGGGAAGGUUGUCCGUCUUAUGCAUGCACACAUACUUAGUGGUUCAAUUUUAUUCUUGGUGCAAAUUUCAUUUUCUUUUUCUUUCAAUUUCGUUAUUGUACACCAAGACCUGAUGACCACACCCAAAACAGAGUAAAUUAAAAUUUACGCAAAUUUACGCCAAGGAUAAAGUUGAAGCACAACACUAUAGGAACAUACAAUCAGAUGUACAAUUAUAGAGGUUUGGUAGAAUAUUUUAUUUUGUUAAAACAAAGAGAUGUUUUUUAUUUUGCAAUCUAUGAUUUGUUUUUCAGGUGCAAAAAUUAUCCAAAAAUGAAGUGUUGAUGGUAAACAUUGGUUCGUUGUCCACCGGCGGUCGUGUGUUAGCAGUCAAAGCAGAUUUAGCAAAAAUUGUACUCACUCAGCCAGUUUGUACAGAAACUGGUGAAAAAAUUGCUCUCAGUAGGAGAGUUGAGAAACAUUGGAGGUAUGUGUAUGUUUUGCUUUUGGGAGAACUGGCCUUUCAGGCCCCGUACACUCAAAUACGGAUAUUUUUGAAACCGCAUGCCAUAUUUUUUUAAGGAAUCAGCUGCAGAUGAAUGAGCGCAUUCACGGGCUUGGUGUGGACAAAAGGCUGAUUCGUGUUAAAAUGAGUAUUUGUACGGUUUCAAAAGUAUCUUGAUUCUUAUGGACUGGACCUUAAUUGCUUUUGUGCAGUGCUGACUUACGCAGACAAAGAACGUCUGCGUGAGACUUGGCUUCUUUUGCUACAGUGUACAGUAGUGUGCCAAUUGUCUCCAUUCCAGAAAGGUGCUGUUAUUACAGUUUAAGAAAGUUUCGUUUUUAUUUGGGCAUUAAGUUAAACAUUUAUAGUUGUUUUGCAAAGCAUGACUACAGCUGAAAGUUUUGUUACGAGAGUAAUUUUCUAGAUUUUUCUUAGUGUGAUUACAUCUUAGAACCCCAAAUGAUAGUUGAAGUCUUGAUGAUCCUCUAGAUGUGAUCAUCAUCAUCACUGAUCACUGUUAUUUUUAUGACCACUGCAAUCACAUUUAACCAUGGAGUGGUCAUUUGUGGUACAGUCAACUCUCUCUAAGACAGACACCUUUGGGACCGGCACUAAGUGUCCGUCUUAGAGAGAUGUCCGUCUUAUAAAGAGUCAAAUAAAAGGAGUAAAGAAAGGUAGGGACCAACUCUAAGUGUCUGUUUUACAGAGGUGUCUGUUAAGAGAGAGUCGACUUUAUGCUGUAAAGCCCAUAGAGCUGUAAAUUCAUAAUUCAAAUGUUUCUCGCGUACUUUGGAUACGAUUUGCAAUGAAUCACUUUCUAGGCAAAUACAGCUCGUUAAACGUUUCUAGGAUGUAUUAUAUAAUUAUAUUAUUUUAUUAUGAGUGCAGUGGAAUAUGAUGAUAACCAAGAGACGGGCGGUCAGAAAAAAAGUUUGCAGUUUUGUGGACUUGGUGAUGUUGAUUGUCUCUUAGUUUCUGACACCGCGACUCAUUUUUAGUAUCAUUCAAUAUCUAAAUCUUAUCAUCGGUGCAUUAACUGCUGGACAUGUCUCCCCAAUCAUUUAAGAAAACCCAUGCCACGCAAAAUUUUUAAGUGGAACAUAAAGACGGUUUAAUUGCAAAGUAUUUUUAGUUUGUUAUGUUUUCAUUUUAGCUUUUCAGUAUUUUUAUAUUUGCGUAAUAGCCAAGUCUUGAAGUUUGAUUGUAAUUAGUCAGUUUUAGUAAUUUUGAUAUUGUUUAUUUUAAGUGAGGACCUACCUUCAAACUUCUGUAAUUUAUAUACAAAACCCCGCGUUUAUUUUAACAGGAUUUGUAAUGUUUUCCUUGCAUUACCCAUUUUGUCUGAACGUUUUGCUGGUUUUCUUACAGGUUAAUUGGAUGGGGCCAGAUACGACGCGGAGUAACCAUUAAACCAGAGUCAUAACAUAGCGUGCCUAACAUAUCAGCGGCUAUCCCGCUAUUAUCUCAAGAUUCCAAGCUUUAUUUGUGUGUCGUUACCAAGAUGAAGUCUAAUUUUCGCCGGAUUUCAAGAGUGGCUCACAAAACGUGAAAUUUUUUUCUUCGGAUGCAACUCUUUUGUUUUAGACACUUCUCUGUGACGGAAGUCCUGACCUACAUUUUCCUGUUUUUCUUGACCGGAAAGGAUGUUCUUGAGAACAGCACGUUAUUACUUUUUGAUUCCAUCCCAGCCCCUCCUCCCCACCCCCCGGCCAAAAAAAAGAAAAGGAAAUACAGAAAACAAGAGCUCAGUAAUUCCUUGUAAUGUAUUUUUAAUACUAUGACAAGUCAAGUAUUCCCGAGAGAGAAUGAGCGGCUUUGUAGUUACCCAUUAGUGCAGCUUUAGUACUGACAUGGCUAUUCUUAGGCAUGUUAAUAGAACCUGGUCUAAGCACCGUUUUUGAUUGGUCCAAAACAAAUAGACAUGUAACUUCGUGGUUAACAGAUCCAAAUAUGUGGAAUUUGUCUAUUAGUUAUCGCAAAUAGAAUCAAAAAUAGACGUGUUGAUCGCUAAUCCUUUAAUUGUAUUAACUUCAGUAAGUUGUCAGUAACGCUAAACCGCUACAUCUCAAAUUCUCAACGUGAGUUAAAGAACACAGACCAGUCAAGAGAGGUGUACCAUGGGGGCAUAGAAUAAUAGCAGCGCUAGCACCCCCAAAUACUGCGGGCAUGAUCUUUACAAGUCUUAAACAUCAUUCAUUUCUGUUUGAAAUGUUUUUUCUUGAGGACUCCAGGUAACCUAUAAAAAUACUCGGUAUCAGAAGUCUUAACGAAUACUCCGUUAGAAACAAUUUUUGUUGCACCACU